AUGAAGCUGACAAGUGUCACGGGAGAGGUGAUCUCUGUAUCUGCUGAUGAUUUACUGGGCAAUUGUGUGCCCUCUGCUCUGUACGCUCGUCUCAAUCGUCUCGGCGAAGGCACAUAUGGUGUCGUCCAUAGAGCUCGUCACACAAAGACCGGAGAGACGGUGGCCCUCAAGUCUGUUCGGCUGUUUGAACAAGACAAGGGAGAAGGCAUACCCAUCACUGCUCUUCGGGAAAUUAGUAUCCUCAAGAGUCUUCGUCAUAAAAAUGUCGUCAAUGUACUCGAAGUGGCAGUCGGUGACGCACUAGACGAGAUCUAUAUGGUCAUGGAGUAUUGCGAACAGGAUUUGGCCAAUAUAUUCGACGUUGCACAGAUACAAUUCACGCCAUCAGAGGUAAAAUGUUUGGCGAUACAGUUGUUUGAAGGACUCGAGUAUAUCCAUCGUCAAGGCAUCAUUCAUCGUGACUUGAAAAUGAGUAAUCUUCUGCUAAACCGCAGCGGCAUCCUGAAACUCGCCGAUUUUGGUAUGGCUCGUGAAGAAGCUGGAGACAUGACACCACAAGUCGUGACUCUCUGGUACCGAGCACCUGAAAUAUUGCUGGGCAGUCGACAGUAUGACUUGUCUGUUGACUUGUGGUCUGCUGGCUGCGUCUUGGCAGAGUUGGUCACAUCACAACCCUUACUACCGGGUAAAGACGAGUCUGGGGAGAUGAACUUGAUUUGUGGUCUAAUUGGCGCGCCUAGUGAAACGACUUGGUCAGGAUUCCGACUGCUGCCAUGGGCAAGCAAAUAUCAGCCGCCAUCUCAAGCAAUAUUGCGGACAAAGGAGGAUCUGCCAACGCGCUUCAAGGGCGAAAGACCGGGUCUCGUGCGACUCUUGUCAGAGUUAUUGCAAUAUAAUCCGCGAAAACGGUUGACAGCUUACGAAGUCUUGGAGCAUCGAUACUUCAAAGAGGCACCCGCGGCUCAAGAUCCAGGAUUGCUGCCAACAUUCAAGGAAGCUCGCAAUGAAGUAACCUUGUCUGCGCCGCUUAGGCAAGCCAAGCGAGAAUCAUUGCUUUUUGACGAGAAUGAUCUCCUCUCGCAGGUUGAAGCGAAGAGGCGACGACGAAGCUGA